GCACCGGUGUCUACCCGGCGUACAACGCGGGUGCAACAUCCGGGAGCCCAUAAACUCAUCGUUCUCUUUUACAGCGAUCCAAAAUGGUCUAUUCACGCUUUGUGGAGGUUGGUCGAGUCGCUUUAAUCAAUGCCGGGCCCGAUGAAGGGAAACUUUGUGUCGUCGUCGAUUUGGUCGACCAGAAUCGGGCUCUUAUUGAUGGACCAUGCACUAGUGUCUGCCGGCAAGCCAUCAACAUGAAGCACCUGUCACUCACAGACUUCAAGAUCAAGAUUGGACGGUCUGCUCGCAGUGGCCCGGUCAAGAAGGCAUUCGAAGCAGCCCAAGUGCAGGACAAAUGGGAGCAGACGGCAUGGGCACGCAAGCUUGCCAUGCGCAAAAAGAGGGCCACAUUGAAUGACUUUGACCGAUUCAAGCUCAAGCUGGCUAAGCAAAAGAAAAACCGCCUCUUGAGAACUGAGGUGAAGAAAUUGAAAAAGGAAGCCAAACUGUAAUGUCAUCUUUCUGAAUAAUAAACCAUUGCUACUUUA